CCCGUUCUCUUCGCAGCACAUCCAUAUCUGUGAGGAAGCCAACGCUAUUCAAUCUAUGAGUAAUAAUUAUAAUCGUGUGAUCUAGGUUUAACGAACCGUGAAGAUAUUCAAUUUGAGAAUAAUUAGCUUCAACGAUAAAAUCUCGACCCUCCACUUGGUAGCUACCGCGGUACUACAUACCAUUUGGCGCGUCUUUUCGGUGUAGCUUUGUGCACGUGAUCAACUACACCAAUCAAUUGUUCUGUUUUCUCGCACCGGCAUGUCAGGGAAAUCCAAAAAAUCCACAACCAAACCGACGUCCACGUCCGGUGCCCAGUCGGUGUCCUCGUCAGCCUCAACCGUGUCCAGCAUGGCAGAAUCUUCGGAAACUGCCCUCAGCCCGUCGCGCCGCAGUCGGCUGCACGAGAAGAACAGCCUAAUGAACCUGAAUGAUCGUCUCGCAUGCUAUAUUGAACGUGUUCGCUAUUUGGAACAAGAAAACUCCAAGCUCUCGCUGGAAUUGGCCUCCUGCCAGGAAACAGCCAGCCGGGAGGUGGCCAAUCUGAAGGCAAUCUACGAGAGUGAAUUGACCGAUGCCAGGAAACUGCUGGACGAGACGGCCCGGGACAAAGCCAAAGUCGAGAUCGACGCCAAGCGGUUCUGGGAGGAAAAUGAUACUCUCAGGAUCAAGCUGAACAAGAAGAUCAAGGAGCUGAGUGAAGUGGCGAAGGAUGCCCGCGAUAAUGAAUCGAAGUGUAUUGAGCUGACCGCCAACUAUAACAGUGCUUGCUCGGAGAAGAAGAAACUUCAGGAGGAACUGAGGGAAGCGGAUAAGGAGGCGGCCAAGUUACGAAAGUCUUUCGAUUCCAUGCGGAAGGAUCUCGAGCACGAGACGCUGAUUCGGGUUGAUUUGGAGAACAACAUACAAAGUCUCCGCGAAGAGCUGACCUUUAAGGAACAGGUACAUAGUCAGGAGCUGUCGGAGAGCAAAAUGCGCCGACAGAGUGAGGUGAGCGAAAUCGAUGGAUAUCUUAUGGAUCAGUAUGAAACCAAGCUGCAGCAGACUCUUCAGGAACUUCGCGAUCAGUACGAAUCCCAGCUGAGCAUGAAUCGGGACGAAAUGUCCGAGCUGUACGAUUCCCGCAUUCAGAACCUGGAAGGACGCCUUACCCACGAGCGCACCCAGCACGAGGAAGAACGCCAAAAGCUGGAAUCGGAACUCAAUCGGCUGCGGGACGAGAUGACUGUUCAGCUCAAGGAAUACCAGGAUCUGAUGGAUAUCAAAAUAUCGUUGGAUAUGGAAAUUGCAGCGUAUGAUCGAUUACUGUCCUCGGAGGAAACUCGCCUCAACAUAACGCCAAGCGUAACCAGUACCACUUCAGCCGGAUUAAGCACCUCCUCGCGUCUGUUCCGCACCCCGUCCUACAAACGAAAACGCAAUGCAAUAGAUGAUUCGCUGGACUACUCCGUCACCUCGUCGGCUAAGGGAGACAUCGAAAUAUCCGAUUGCGAUCCGGAAGGCAAAUUCGUCAAAGUGCACAACAAAUCUAAGCAAAGCCAGAUGCUGGAAGGGUGGCAGGUGGUUCGUAAGACCGAAUCCUCAGAGGUCACGUACAAAUUUCCCAAAGGGACCAAACUGGAGGGAAACUCAACCGUUGCCAUUUGGUCGGCAUCGUCCAAUCAGAAGCCGGAUCCUCCGGGCAAUUUGCUGAUGAAGGGUCAAUCGUGGGUCACCGGGGACAGCGUGAGCACGAGAUUGGUCAAUCAGGACGGCGAAGAGGUGGCUCAUGCCGAGCGGAUUAGGAUGAAACCGAUGAACGCUUCCGCUGGACAUAAGGAUAAGUACUUCCUGGAGGAGGGCGGAGCAAGGUUGGGUGUCAGCCGAUCCGGUAGUACCAGAUCGCCGGGAUCCUUGAAGGGAGACAGGAACGAUGAACAAUGUUUAAUGAUGUAAUGCAGUGAAUUGUGUUUGGAGUAAGGAUUUUGUUUUUUUCUCAAUUUUUGCAAUGUAAUGUAAAACGAUGAUGGUAGUUAAAAUUAUGUAUUCGUGUAAUUUGGAAGAAGCAUUAAGAAUAAAAUUGCUA